ACCGAAGUUCUGCAAUUUAAACCCCGCCGGCCUCCUUUCUCUCUAGAUUCGCAACGGCGACAUGGACUCUGCCCCGGAGGCAACGCCGGCGUCUCCGUCGCUACUCGGGAGGAUCAACCUGGCGGUGGCUAAGUCGUGGGCUGGCCGGUGGUUCAAACUGUCGGAGCGCGGCAGCACCUUCACCACAGAGCUGCGCGCCGGCACGACUACCUUCCUGACCAUGGCCUACAUCCUCGCCGUCAACGCCUCGAUACUCUCGGACUCCGGCGCCACGUGUUCCAUCGACGAUUGCAGGAAUCCCUCUCCCUCGUGCCGUUUUCCCCCGGUCGACCCGGGUUACGCCUCCUGCCUCGACCGCGCCCGCCGCGACCUCAUCGUCGCCACCGCUGCUUCCUCCAUCAUCGGAAGCUUUAUUAUGGGGGCCUUCGCCAACUUGCCUCUGGCGCUAGCACCGGGCAUGGGCAGUAACGCCUAUUUCGCCUAUACCGUAGUCGGGUUCCAUGGUUCCGGCAACCUCUCCUACCGCACUGCCCUUGCCGCCGUCUUCCUAGAGGGCAUAAUCUUUCUUAUUAUCUCAGCCGUCGGCCUACGCGCCCACCUAGCCAAGCUCGUGCCUCGCCCCGUCCGUAUCUCCUCCACCGUCGGCAUCGGCCUCUUCCUGGCCUUCAUCGGCCUGCAGAACGACGAGGGCGUCGGCCUCGUCGGCUACUCCUCCUCCACCCUCGUCACUCUGGCCGCCUGUCCGCGCAAGCACCGAGCCUUCCUCGCCCCCGUCCAGACCUUCGAAAACGGCACCGUGUCCCUUAUCCCUGGCGGCACCGUCUCCGGAGGCAUCCUCUGCUUGCACGGCCGAAUGGAGUCUCCCACCUUCUGGCUCGCCGUCGUUGGGUUCCUCAUCAUCGCUUAUUGCCUCAUCAAGAACAUCAAGGGGGCGAUGAUCUACGGCAUCGUUUUCGUGACGGCCGUCUCGUGGUUCCGCCACACCGAGGUGACCGCCUUCCCCGACACGGCGGCAGGGGACGAAGCCUAUCACUACUUCAAGCAGGUGGUGGACGUGCACCACAUCCAGUCGACGGCCGGCGCACUCAGCUUCAAGGGGAUCGGCACGGGACGCUUCUGGGAGGCGCUGGUCACCUUCCUGUACGUUGACAUACUCGACGCGACGGGCACGCUCUACUCGAUGGCCCGCUUCGCUGGAUACGUGGACCAGAACGGGGACUUCGAGGGACAGUACUUCGCCUUCAUGUCGGACGCGGCGGCCAUCGUAUUGGGAUCGCUCCUGGGGACGUCGCCUGUGACUGCCUACAUCGAGUCGUCUACGGGGAUCAAAGAGGGGGGCAGGACGGGGAUGACGGCGCUCACGGUGGCCGGGUACUUCCUGCUCGCAUUCUUCUUCACGCCGCUUCUGGCUUCGAUCCCGGCGUGGGCGGUCGGGCCUCCGCUGGUGCUUGUGGGGGUGCUGAUGAUGAAGGCGGUGGUGGAGAUCAGGUGGGACGACAUGAAGGAGGCCAUUCCGGCCUUCAUAACCAUCAUCGUGAUGCCGCUCACCUACUCCAUCGCAUACGGCCUCAUCGGCGGCAUCGGCACCUACAUCGCGCUCCACGCCUGGGACUGGGCUUGCGCAGGUUGGCUUCUCCUUUCUAGUUCCGCUUCGCCUGCGCUUCCAGCCAAUGCAGACGACGAUGGCAGCGCCAAGAAGAACGAGAACGAUCGCCAGGUUUGACUAGUCAUUACAGUCACACACCAAUUUGUGCGCAAAAAUAAACAAAAGUAAUUAACUAAUGAGACAUUGUUCAUGACAAUUAUAUUUUAAAUUCAGUUUUCACUGUUUCAAUAUGAUAAAUAAUUCAUGACCAUAACCGGCACUUUUUUUUUUCUU